ACUGGCUGCGCGCAACACUAACAAAAUUUAUUCCAAAACAGAGCAUUUUCUGUCAAUACAAUUAGUUAGAGCAGUAAAAUAAUAAUAAUAAAGUUUCGUCAUUUUCAAAGUGACAUGGGAAUGCUGCUAACUAUUUGUUGUCUUCGUGUUUACGUGGUGAAUUAAUGAGAAAUAAUUGAAUACUAUUAUGACGGAUAUUGAAAAACACUUGUCUCAAGUGGACGAUGAUAUCUCAACAGUCGAAGAGAAAACUCUUGGAUCAUCAGUUAGUUUUACUUUUGAUGGAAAUGACAUUCGACUCAAAGAAAAGCCAAAACCUGAAAACGAACCAGAACCAAAACCUGCAGAACAAAAAACAGGACUAUGGUGGUUGAAGAAAGCACCAAUUCAAAUAGAAACAGAUCAUCAAACUAAAGAUGAGAUCAAUAAGGUGGAAACAAUUGCAUUUUCUCCCGACGUGAGUUCUUCUACUAAGGAAUUUUUAGAAAAAGAAAACAUGUGUAAAAGUGAUGAAGCUGAAAAAAAUGACAAUGACGAUAUCAUAAAAGAUUUAUUAACAUCAGUUGAAUUGGACAAAUACCAAUCUGAUUUUGAGAGUGCUACUGAUGAAGACAUUGGUAGCAUUCUGGAUGAAAUGAGUAAAAUUGCAAAUACUUUGAGUCCAGUUCCAGAGAAUGUUAAAUCCAAAAGCAUUGAUGAAAUAUUGACAGAGGAGCAACGCUCUGUGGAAGAGUUGAUACAGGAAGCAGAAAAACUGGUUCAAGAGAGUGGUGGUGAUCUGUUGAAAGGUGUUUUGAAAAACGAGAUUAUUAGUGUAUCAAAUCAAGAUGAAACUGUAUCAGAAAGUUUGAAUAGAGUUAGACAAUUAGAGGUAAAUAUAUUUAAGAUGAUAGAGGAUCAGGUUAAAGAAAAUAGUGAUGCAAAAAGUAAUAAGAGCAGUCACAGUUCGUCAAUUGAAGUAGUGUUUGAAAAUGUAAAAACUCAAAAGUCUUCUGAGGGUCAGAAAAAGAAAUCAGAGGAUCAGAAAGCUGAAAUGUCAAGUAAUUCAGACUUGGAUGAUCCUAUAGAAAAACAUUCUGCAUCAGAAGGUGCAGUUGAUGAAAAAAAAAUUGACACAAAAAAAGAAAGUAUAAAGAAAGAGAUUACUGAUGUUGAAAAGGAUUUCUUUGAUGUUCUGAUACAGAAAACUAAAGAAAGUGCUGAGCGACUUUCUUCUCAUAGUUCAAGUUUAGAUCAAGAGGAUUUCACACACUUAUUAAAGAUUCUUCAAGAACAAAGUAACAAAGAAGGGAAUACUGCUUCAAAAGCCAGCUCAGUUAUUCUUGAUCAAUUUGACCCUUUAAAAGAAAAAUCAGAGAGCAACAAGAAAAAUGAAAUUGCUGAAAGAGAAGUUGUAAGUACAGAGUCCAAAAAAGUUUCGUAUGAAUUAGACUAUCAAACUAUCUCAAUGACAACGUCAAAAGUAGACAGACUGGUAGAUGAAAAUGCAAGAAAAGAAUCGAGUCGACAAUCGAGUCGAGCUUCGUCUAAGAAAAGCAGUGGAAGUGCCAAAAGUUCUCAGAUGGAUAUUAAAAAGGUGAUUAAUGACAAAAACGAGCUAUAUACAGUUGGACUGACUCCUAGACUAGAAUUAUUCGCAGAUGCCAUUCCAAAGUUACUGGCUGAAAAGUCGAACGAGGCAAGUGCAAGAAAAGAUGAGGAAACGAAGAGUGAAUUUAGCAAACAAGCGACACCUAAAUCAGACGAUAAUGAAGACUUUAGUUUUAAGAAUUUCAAAGCUCUCGAAGCUAUUAAAUACACGGAGGUUUUAAACGAUCACAAAAACGUGAAAGACGUGAAAGAUUACGAUCUCAUUAAUCUCCAAGACAACCAAAUGUUAGAUUACCGAAGGGAAUUGCGUGAUUACAAUUACUUCCAAAGCAAUACAACAUACACUGGUCUUAAAAAAUCCAGUGAACAAAUGAAGACUGAGAGAAUCACGAAUGCUCCGGACAAAAACAUUCCAAAGGGUGAUGUUCACAUAGGAAAAUCAAAAAGCUAUGAUCAACUUUCUAAAUCUUCCACUAAUAAACUUGGUUCGUCACUCGAAAGUGUAAGAACAGGAAAGAUUGUUGAAACUAGAAAACCAGUUCUUCUAACACCGCCAAAAAAAAUUCCAGCGCCAAAACCGAAAAUACAAUCGAGAACCGUGACGAAAGUCAAUCCCAAAACUAAAAUUACACCCAAAGGUCCUAGGCGACUUCAUCAAAAUGAAUUUUCUCUCGAUGUUAGGGGCAAUCAAAUAAGAUAUGAAGAAACUCCAACAAGUUGUCUAGGUGGUGGAGACUACAGUGCAAUCUAUGGUGGAGAAACAUUGGAAAUGUUGUAUCAAGAAGAAAGACAGAGGUUUAUACACCUCAAGGAUGAACUUGAAGCUGAGAUUGAAACGUAUAAGUCCAAGCUGAAAGAUGUGCAGUUACUCUACGAACAAGAGAUGUUUUCGUUGAAGAAACAAAAUAUUCUCCUCAAAGCUAAAGUCGAUGAGCUUGUAGUCAUAAAUAAAAAGACAGCAGAUGCUAGAAUCAAGUACGAUCCUAAAAUAAUGUGUAUGCAGAAAGACCUCCAACGUCAAGAGAACACGAUACGCGCUUAUGAGAUGGAGAACAAACGACUGCUUCAAGAAACGAAGCGUCUGCAAAAUGAAUUGAAAACUGUCAGUCAGUCGAAAACCAAAGUAAUUGCGGCCGAUAAUGUGAGUAGUAAUCACGAAUUGUUUGAAAAACUGAAAGACCUACAAGAAGACAAUGUAAAGCUCAAUAUCGAGAAUGAAGAGUUAAAACAGAAAAACAGUGAUAUCACAUUGAAAAACGAGGAUGUCGUACAUCAAAAUUCAUUAUUGCAAGAGGAACUUGAAAUGAUUAAGGAUCAGUUGAGGGCAAAGAAUGAUUACAUCAACGAUAGGUUACAAGUCAUGACGACCAAUGAGUUAGCGCUGAGGAAACAAGUUGAGGAAUUAAAUUCAGAAUUGCAUUCCAAGACCGAGCAACUUAAAUUAAUCAAGCAGGAUUAUGAGAGGUUUCAGGAGACUGUCGAUCCAUUGGAAAAGGAACUUUUAGAUUUAAGAACAAAGUGUUCAUAUUACCAGGAUAAAUUACAGACUGCAAAAAAUAACUGUGAUCGUGAGAAAGAGUUGACGCAAAAAUUAAAGAACCAAGUAAUCAUAGAUAACAAGAACAUAAUUGAUCUGACUAGGCAAGUUCGUGAAAUGGAAAGAAUCUUAAAACGUAAGAAUCCAGAUUCAGUUUCAGCUUUGAUUCUCACCGCGAACUCAGAGAACGAAAAGCUCAAUUGUGAAAAAGUAAAGCUUCUCGAGGAUAGAAUUGCAUUUUUAGAAAGCGAAAUUAUAGCAAACGAAGACAUGGCACAGGUGAAAUUAUCUGACAUUCAACGAAAGUUUUCGGAUAUGAAAGAGAAGUAUUCGAACCAAGUGUCAGACCUUGAGCAGAAACUCAAAAUCCCCACACCAAGAGAGAAAAUAGUCUGCAGCGAUAUGGGUACCCAAACAAUUCCUCAACGUUUAUUGGAGCAUCGCGGAUCCGAGCCAAAUCUCGCUGAGAGGUUGAAUAAUAACAAACCUGGACCAAAAUCACAGAAUGCCAAAGAAGAUACACAUUUAUUAGCAACUAUUCGUGGUUUGAAACUUGAGCUUGCAAGCAAAGAAAAAAUCAUUACAAAAGUGUCGAAAGAGUUGAGCGAACUACAAAAAACAAAUCGUAAAUUGCAGAAAGAACGUGAGAAGUUGCUCAACGAGCGUAAGAAUCUUGAAAAAAUAAACAAAGUGAUGACUUCAUCUGACUCGAAGCUUUCGAGUUUGAAAAAUCUAGAAGACCAAAAGAACUCGAAUUUCUAUCAAAAUGGAUUGUCUAAUUAUAAGAAGUUUUCAUCUUCCGCGCAGAAACUCUAUGAUCCUGAAGGUACCGAAGUAAUUGCACAACUGAAGAAGUUAGCCAAUGAGAAUGAUGUGCUAAAAGAAGAACUCUGUCGGAUCAACAAAGAUUUUGCGUCGCUGAAAAAUAAGAGACUACAUGAUUUAAACAUACUGCAGGAGGAACAUGAAAAAGAAAUUGAACUUAUUGUUAAAGAAUACAGUUUAAAAGCUGGUGAUAUGAAAGCUCUAAAGUUGCAGGGUCAAGUCAAUUCACAACUGGCAAUGAUAUCUCAUCUCAAACAACAAAUAGAAAAAUUACAAGAUUAUGAAGAGCAAGUUAUCAUUCUAAAAGCCGAACGAGAUCAUUUAGAAGGCAAAAAUAGAAUGCUCAACGAAAAAGUCAAGUAUUUGUCGACACCAAGUUAUCAGCAGCUCGAGGUUCUGCAAGAUAAAAUUACAUUACUCCAGCAGCGCCAUGAGACUCGCGAAUUGAGCUUGCAAAAGCUCGUCCGUGAUCUUCUACGUAGCAGAAAUCAAGGCUGCAAAGAUUGCAAAAGUGCCAGUAACGUUGGAGACAAACCACAAUCGUGUUACUAUCGACAAGAACUCGAUAAUAUUCUAGGCACAUUACAAGAUCUUACAAGUCCUUGAACCGACUCGUGUUAAUGGUAAAUUUACGAUUUAUUUUGUUGUGAAAAGUGUUGGGAAAAGAGAUUUUUGUAUGAUUGUGAUCCACAAUGUUGUGUGUAUUGAAGACGUAAGCUGAUGUAAAUUUACCAUUUACGCUAAGAUUAUCGGUCGGGUAUUUUUUUUUAUCAUAUCGAUUUGUAAUAUAGCAUAUAAGAGAUAAGUCAAUCGUUGUUACAUUGUGAUAAUGUUUAGCGGCUAUAGUCACAUUGAUUUCUAACGGAAACAUGGUGGAUAUUACGGUAUUUUAUUCUUUCCUUUCUUCAUUGUACAUACAUAGCUUGACAAGCUCUUGUGAAGGGUUCUCACCGCUUUGUCAUGGAAAAUCCUGUUUUUCCUUUAUAACUGUUACAAUUCGGGAAAUUUAUCAAUUUACACUUUGUAUAUUACGAGUAAUUGCAGUCAUUUUUGAAGAAAAAGAAUUACAUGCAUGAUAGAAAUGCAUCUAAAAAACGUUAACCGCAAAAAUCUAGUAAUUUUCUACAGAGCAAUUUAAUUUUCUUAAUGUGUAUUGUAAAGCUGUAGGUAAUAUUUGAAUUUUGCCAAAUGAGCAAUUAUUUCUUCCAUCUCAAGUAAAUAGGAGCCAGUUAUAAAACUUUUUAAAGUGAAAAUAGAUAUAAUAGUUUUAGAGCUAUUUCUACCUCGUUCCCUUUUUUAACAGAUUAUAAUGAGAGAAACAAUCCUUAAAAUGAAAAUUAUACAUUAAUUCAUUCUUGAUUCAGUAAAAAAAAAAUGAAUUUAACUGUAGUUCGAAUAUCAAAAAAAUGUUUAAAAAAUUAAAAGUAAAUAAUUAGCACAAUGCAUUUAUGACAAUUUUAAUCUUACUGAAUUCUAUGCAUAAUACUUUAUGUAAUUUCUAUAGAUUUAUAUUUUUAUUCAAGGAAAAUAGUAAUAUAAUUAUUAUUUAAUUUUAAUAUUUCUAUAGACUUUGCUAAUUUUUUAAUUCAAAUUCGUCCAACUGCUGAAGAAAAUAAUGAAAUAAAAUAAUUCAAAUUACUGCCAGGCGCUCUACUUCCAAAUUUUGUGAAAUGAACUCAUAGCCAUUAAGUGUAUUAUUUUGAAGGUAUUUAUUUUGAAAUUUGAAUUUGUAUAUAUGUAUGUAUGUAUGUUAUUUAUUUAUUUAUUCAUUCAUUUAAGCAAGAAACUUAAUUGUAAUUUUUUAUAGUUUAUAAUUUACAAGUACAAAUUAUUCUACGAAGUAUUAAUUAUGAAUUAAUGUAAACUAGCUCUUUACUAUUUGUAUUAGCUUAUUGUUUGUAAUUAGUUUAUUUAAUUACUAAUUGAAGCUUUAAGUGGUGUAAAAGCUCAUUGCACAAAAAUCAACUUUUCUAAGCGUACGCUUCAAGCUGCACGGCUCGUCGAUGUACUGUAUAUAUUUUCAAUCAAUUAAUAAAGGUGUAUCUUUCUGUCUAGGAGCAAAAUUCUAUUAAAUUAUAUUUACACACUGAGCAUGUACAAUCACAGUCUUUGUAAUAAGAAAUCCAGCCUUUUUGAUCAAUCCAUAUACUAAUCAAUAAAACAAAAAAUUCAAGUUGCCGAAAAUGACAUUUGAGACUAAAACUUAAUUUCUCUGGUUAUGUCAUUUAUACAUAUGCAAUAAACAAACACAUUACGUGAG